AGAUGGCAGCACGGUGGGCUGUGCUGGCGCUCUUGGCUGCCUGCGUGGCCAGUGCUGCGAAGGAAUCUGUGCUCAACAUGUGCAUGGAUGCCAAGCACCACAAAACUGAGCCAGGCCCAGAGGAGGCACUGCAUGGCCAGUGUGUCCUGUGGAAAGACAACGCCUGCUGCACGGCCAACACCAGCAUGGAGGCUCACCAGGACCAGUCCUACCUGUACAACUUCAACUGGGACCACUGUGGGGUGAUGCCAGAGAAGUGCAAGCAGCACUUUAUCCAGGACACGUGUCUGUACGAGUGCUCGCCCAACCUGGGGCCCUGGAUCGACCAGGCAGAUACCAGCUGGCGCCAGGAGAGGAUCCUUAAUGUGCCGCUGUGCAAGGAGGACUGUGAGCUGUGGUGGGAGGACUGCCAGGACGCCAUCACUUGCAAAGAGAACUGGCACAAGGGCUGGAACUGGACUUCAGGGACCAACCGGUGCCCCCGUGGCUUCAUAUGCCAACCAUUCAAAUACGUCUUCCCCCGGCCAGCGGACCUGUGUGAGAAGAUCUGGUCCAACUCAUACAAAUACACCACGGAGCACCGGGGCAGUGGGCGCUGCAUCCAGAUGUGGUUCGACUCUGCCAACGGGAACCCCAACGUGGCCGUGGCCAAGUACUAUGCCCAGAACGGGAGAGACGCCUCUCCUACACCGCGGGCUGUCCUGCUGCUGCCGCCAGCUGCUCUCCUGUCCCUGCUCUGAGCAUCUGGAAGCUGCUAGUCCUCGGGUCUUGAAAUAGCAGGGCUUGGUGGCUGGCUGAAAGCACCCUAGCUAUGGCCUCUGACUCUAGGAGCUCCACUGGCUUAUACAGGAAAUAUUUCUUCUCUAGGCAUGGGGUGUGUUCACCCUGCGGCCCAGCCUUCGGCUCUGGCCGGCAGAUGAUUCAAGAUUCCAUCCGGCUGCUUCUAACCUGGACAAGACUCAACAGAACCAGAUUAUCCCCAUCCUCUCCUGCCUUUGAACGUCACUCACUCCAUGGUUUUAUUGUCUCAGUGUUCUCCUGCCACGCUCCUCUCUUCUAGCAGGCUCUGCGGGGAGAUCCCUCCAUGGACCGUGUCCCUGGGGAUCUGAGCUCUGUAACAUGCUGUGACUCAUUUGCUGGGUGCACUUCCUCUGUUGGGUAGCAGAGCCAGGCAGGUCCCCUCUAACGAUGGUGCCCGCAGUCAUCUGCAGGGCUGGCUUUAGGCCGAUUCGCCCGAUUCCUGUGAAUCAAGCCCCGCGCCUACCAGGGCACCACAGCAUCUGGAAGAGGGGCCCCGCAAGGUAAGGAAGGACCCUC